AGAAAAGCUUAUCAAAGAAGAAAAAGACAUUUUUGACAACAUCUCGUGGGAAUACGGCGGUCCCUGGGAUUUAUAAUUGUUACACUGCUUAGUAGCUUUUCUCUCUCAUUUUUUCUUUCAACAUUUAUAAAAUGCUUUCUACUCGUCUUUUCUCUGCUAGACGUUUAUUUGUUCGACCUGAUUUUUAUCCCGCUCGAUUUUUCUCCACUGUAAACAUGACCAAACAACCGCAAUUUUUUGAUUUAACAAGUGACACUGCUACUGAACCUACUGAUGAUAUGUUUGAUAUGAUGAAAUUAGCCCACCGUGGUGAUGAUGUGUUUAAUGCAAGCACUUCUGUCAAUGACCUGGAAAAAUACGUUGCUAAACUACUGGGUAAAGAGGCUGCCUUGUUCUGCGCUACAGGUUGCAUGACAAACCAACUUGCCCUUCGUGUCUUAUUAACACAGCCACCUCACUCUGUCUUGUGUGAUGCUCGUGCCCAUGUAUUUGUAUAUGAAUGUGGUGGUAUUUCUUACCAUUCUCAAGCAAGCGUCUCUCCUGUCAUGCCUAGAAAUGGUCAUCAUUUAACACUGGAAGAUGUCAUGGACAAUGUGAUUACAGACACCUUAGCAUCUGCACCCACCCGUGUUAUUUCCCUUGAAAAUACCCUGAAUGGUACACUCAUGCCAGUUGAAGAAAUGAAGCGAAUCCACGACUUUGCUCGCCAAAACGACCUGAAGCUUCAUUUAGAUGGGGCUAGAUUAUGGAACGCAAGUCAAGAGACGGGUAUUCCUAUGCAUGAAUAUGGUCAGUACUUUGAUACAAUCUCGGUGUGCUUGUCAAAGGGUGUAGGUGCACCUAUUGGAUCCAUCAUGGCAAGCACACAAGAAAACAUUGUGCGUGCAAGACACAUCCGAAAGCUGAUGGGUGGAGGAUGGAGACAAGCUGGUUUUUUGGCUGUGGCUGCUAAACAUUGUAUCGAUACGGUUGUGCCUACCAUGAAGCAAACACACAACAUGACAAAGCAACUGGCUACAGCGUUGCAAGAGUUAGGCAUGAAUUUAAGCACGCCCUGUGAAACCAACAUGAUCUUUUUAGAUACUGCCAAUGCAGGCAUCACAGUAGAUGAUUUGGCUAAAGCACUCAAGCAGCAUGAUAUUUUGAUCGGAUCAGGUCCUGGCACCAAGACACGUAUUGUCAUGCAUUAUCAGAUUACACAGCAAGCCGUGGAUACGUUUAUUCAAGUAGCCUCAGAUGUAGUGGAGAAACGAAAGGCAGAUCCUAAACCUAUCGUUGUGGAUGCUUUGAAUAGCAGUUCUAUUUACAACACAAGUGUGUAACUUGUUUAUUGAAUAAAAUAGACAUCGACACCACAUGUAGGGCAAAAUUUAUAUGGGCGACUGACUUGCUUCAUGGUGAAUUGAAUGGAGAAUAGGUAUAAAAUGAGAAUUUAUAAAAAAAACAUGGUUUAUUUUUAUAAUUUCUGUUUGUCUUCUAGAAAAUGAAAAGAUGUACCAAUCACAACAUGAGCAUAAAAAGACAUUCUGCAC